AUGGAACAACGCAACCAGACCAGUAUCAAAGAGUUCAUAUUUGUGGGAUUCUCCAGCGAUCGAGCCGCCAAUUUGUGCCUCUUUACAGUGGUUCUCUCCAUGUACUUCAUCACCCUGACAGGUAACACACUCAUCAUUGUGGCCAUCCGUAUUGACCCACGGCUCAGCACACCAAUGUACUUCUUCCUGACCAAUCUCUCUUUCCUGGACAUCUGCUACACAACAAGUGUGGUGCCUCAACUUCUGGUUCAUUUCCUGACUAGUCCAAAGACCAUCUCCUUCAACAGAUGCAUGGCCCAGCUCUGUAUCUCUUUGACCUUUGGCAGCAUUGAGUUUAUCCUGUUGGCAGCCAUGGCUUAUGACAGAUAUGUGGCUGUUUGCUAUCCCUUGCAUUAUAAGGUCAUCAUGAACAGGACAGUGUGUAUUCAGUUGGCACUAGCUUCCUGGAUUGGUGGCUUCCUCAAUGCUCUAGUCCAAACUGGGUUCACCAUGCACCUUCACUUCUGCACUUUCAACAUCAUCAACCACUUUGCUUGUGAAGUCCUGGGUGUUAUCAAGUUAGCUUGCUCUGAGACCUUUAUCAAUGAGAUCAUGCUUAUGGUGGCAGGGGUCAUUGUGCUACUCAUCCCCUGCAUCUUGAUAAUGCUUUCUUAUGUGUAUAUAAUCCGUGCUAUCCUACGCAUCCACUCUUCAGAAGGUCGGCACAGAGCCUUCUCCACAUGUUCCUCUCACCUGACUGUCGUCACCUUCUGCUAUGGAACAGCUGCAUUUGCUUAUAUGAACCCCAGAACAAACACUUCACCCAACCAAGACAAGAUGUUGGCUUUCGUAUAUGCUGUGGUCACUCCAAUGCUUAAUCCUAUCAUCUAUAGUUUAAGGAACAAGGAAGUCAAAGGAGCUUUGGCUAAAGCAGUAAGGAAAAACGUCCCCACAGAAAGCUAA